AUGCCUGUACACAGUUUGAAGAGUGCCUGUCUAACUUUUAUGCCCUACAGCAUUCCUACUCGCCGCGAGCUGGUGAAAGAAGCUGCGCGGAACCCAAAUACCACCCAGCUGAAGGAGGCACUUCGUGAACACCUCGAACACUUCUGGACUACAUGCCCUAUAUCUCAUAAGAAACUACUCUCACCUGUGGUGUCAGACGCUGUUGGCAAUCUCUACAACAAAGACGCAAUAUUGCAAUAUCUUCUUCCUGGUGACGAUAGCGAGGCAAUAAGCGCAAAGGCCGACUGUGACGAAGUGCUGCAAGGAAGAGUGAAAUCGCUACGUGACAUUGUUGAGCUUAAAUUUGACGUUGAUGGGAACCCCGAUGUACCGAACGGAGGGCGUAAAGGUCGCUGGAUCUGCCCUGUCACUCAAAAAGAGCUUGGCCCAAGUGUGAAGUCAGUGUAUCUUGUCCCUUGUGGACAUGUCUUCUCUGAGGGAGCCAUUCGUGAAAUGAAGUCGGAUAAGUGCUUACAAUGUAAUGAGCCGUACGAACCUUCUAAUGUUAUUCCAAUUCUCCCAACCCAGGAAUCAGAGAAAGAGUGGCUAAAGUCACGAGUGGAGGGCUUAUCCCGUCAAGGCCUUGCCCAUUCAUUAAAGAAGCUUCCUGGCUCGAGCAAGAAACGAAAGAAGAACCGCACCGAUAUGAAUGAACGACAGCAAAACACCUACUCCAUCCUCAACUCCCGCGCCAGUGGGUAUCAAGAACGCUGGAACAGCUAUAUUGACUGCCAAAGUGCUCGAGGAACAAAACGAACGUCGCAAACGUGCAAAAACGGAACAAAGUGA